GUUUUCUCAACGCUCUAGCAAGAAUCGAAACACUGACUCGAGAAAGCCCUCGACAAAAUUCAUGAUUCUGGUUAUUUAUUAUCCCGGGGGUAGAGGUAGUGGUGGUGGGUACGCGCGGCAUGAAAAUGUGGAGUGCCUCUACACACGGAGUCGGCUGGUUUACUGAAAAACGUGACAUGGACAACAUUGUGUGGAUCGCUUGGCUGUAAGCGGCCAGCAGCAGCGGCAGCAGCGUUCGUUGGAAUCGGCGAUGCGGUGGCACUGCAUUGAGCCUGUUGUCGUCCCCAUCUGGGGAGGAACUGCCCAGUUCUUACUGUAGAGAGGCUGGUGGGCGUGCACAAAGUAUCCUCCUCGCAGUAAUAACCAGGUGCUGUUCAUUUACAUUUCCUUCUACUAUCUGUCCAUCCCAGCUAGCCUGUGCACUGCUGCGCUGUCCUGGUGUCCUGCUACGUCACGGGGGGAACCUAACUUCACGAUAACAAUGCUGAAGGGGAGAAAAGCAGCACUUUGGAUAGCGUCCGACUAGAUUAAUUCCCUUCCGUCCCAUCCAUGGCUCCCGCCACCGCGGGUUACGCAGAGUGAGGACCUCGGCACCGCAAGAUCAUCGGCACGGGAACAACUUACUUUCUCAAGGGGUCCAAAUGGCCGGGCACGAGUGGGAAGACUGGUUCGAGAGGGAGGAAUUGAUCGGACAGAUCAGCGAUAUUCGUGUUCAGAAUCUCCAAGUGGAGCGCGAGAUGGUACAGAAGAGGACAUUCACCAGAUGGAUCAAUUUACACCUGGAGAAGUGCAACCCUCCACUGGAGGUUCAUGACCUCUUUCGGGACAUCCAAGAUGGACGCAUCCUGAUGGCCUUGCUGGAGGAGUUGUCCGGCUGUAAACUGCUCCAUGGCUUCAAACCGUCAUCCCAUCGCAUCUUCAGGCUGAACAACAUCGCCAAGGUCUUGUCCUUUCUGGAACAGAGAAACGUAAAACUGGUCAGUAUCGAUGCUACGGAUGUCGCCGAUGGCAACUCCUCCAUUGUUCUGGGCCUCAUCUGGAACAUUAUCCUCUUCUUCCAGAUCAAAGAGCUGACUGGGAACAUCAAGAGCCAGUUCCCGUCCUCCUCCAGCCUGUCGUCCCUCCCCACCAGCUCAGACUCGGACACCUCCUACUCCACCACCUCCUUAUCCAGCAGCACCACCCCUUCGGAGGAGCGCAGGAGCUCGGUGGCCGCCCGCGACCACGGCAAGGCCAUCAAGACGCUCCUGCACUGGGUGCAGAGGAGGACCCGGAGGUUUGGAGUGGCUGUGGAUGACUUUGGGAAGAGCUGGACCAGUGGCCUGGCCUUCCUGGCUGUCAUCAAGUCUGUGGACCCCAGCCUGGUGGACAUGAGGCGGGCACUGCUGCGCACGCCACGCGAGAACCUGGAGGAGGCCUUCAGGACCGCCCACUACAGCCUGGGCAUCCCUCGACUACUAGAACCAGAAGAUGUGACGAUAAGCCCACCAGACCAUCAGGUCAUCAUGACGUAUGUGGCCCAGUUCCUGGAGCACUUCCCUAGCCUGGAUGAGGAUGACGUAUGCGACGUGGUCGACAGAAGUGGCUCGAAGGUGAGCGUGCGCCUGAACGACUCGGCGGCCCACAACGGCGUGAAGAGGACACACGAGACGUCGUCGUCGUCCACGUUGUCACUAUCAUCAUCCUCGUCCUAUGUGGUGAAGCGCGAGUGGGUGAAGCCCCCGCCGAAGAUCUUCAUCUCCUCCGCUCCAGGCGCACCCUCCAACCACAAGGGGGCCCUAGCUACCCCCUCAGUGCCCCCCAGCGCUACCCCAUCACUGCCCCCCAGCACCAGUUCGACGGAUGACCGACCAUCCCCAACCAUCCCUGAGCAGCCGGACAGCACGACCAAAGACCCGUCGGCCUGUACGCCAUCCCCCAGCUCCCCUCAGCCCUCGUAUGUGGACUCUCUGAUCAGCUCGCCAGACUCCUGGUGCGAGGUGGCGGGAGAGGGCGACGGGGAGGGUGGAAUCCUACACAACAUUCCGGAGAGCUGCAGCGAUGGCUCGCUGAAUGACGCCGAUCUUGUGUGCGACGUAAAAGAACGUGUGAUGCUCGACGACGGCAAUAAGCCACGGGUACCGGACAAGGGCUUGUGUUUGGAGAUAGGAAAGGGCCUGGAUGAUGGCCUGGACUCGGACCUCUUCAUAGACGAGGGAAACUACUCGCUCUGCUCUCUCGACAGUUUACAGGCCAAAACACCCGUGCUUGAGGAGGAGGAGGAGGAGGAGGAGGAGGAGGAGAAAGAAUCCAAGCAUACCUUAAGUGCCCAAGAGGAUGGCAGGAUGCCCAAACUAAGUGGCAUGGAGAAUGGAUCAGUCGUUGGCACAGAGGGGAGCCUCCAAACCGAGACUGUUAAGGAUUCACAGGCUGAUACACCCGACGGGGGAUGUGAAUCAGGGUACUUUCCCGAGGAUAAGGACAGUCCACCGUCACUUGUUGAGGACGACUCAGCCUCUGCGUCUGCAUCCGCAUCAUCCGAACAACAAACGGUUAAGGAGAUCAAGGCAAAGAACGACUCGACACGUUCAGACAAUACCGGCGAUCCUGCAGCAGACCGUCUGCAGUCCUCUAUUGCUGAACAAACGGGCUCCGCUGCCACCUCCGCAAUAACAACCGACUCAGAUCAAGUGACUGAUCGCAUUACGGAUACUAACGAACGCACUGUUGGGCCUCUCCCCUCUGUGUCCGGUAACAGAAACCUGCUCGCAUGCAGUGAAAGUGAUACGCCCUCUAAGGACGCGCUGCUGCUGCUGCUACCUGCCGCCACUGCAGACCCACUGGAGGAGGAGGAGGAGGAGGUGGCGGCUCAGGAGGGAGACAUACACUAUGCGGAAAACGUGGACGUGGAAUCCAUGGAGGACAGCGACUCCUGCGACGUGGAGCGCUUCUCCGUCCACUCGGCGGAUUCAGAGGUGAUAAGGGGAGACUUACGAGAGGAGGAGACGACAGGCCAGGAGGAAGAUGAAGACGAGGGGGAGGAGGAAGACUCGUCGGAGGGGUCCGAUGAGGGAGAGAUCCGCGUAAGGCCGGACCCAUCGUGGGAGGAUUCUGAGAGCUCGGGAGUCAAUGAAGUGGCCAAAUUGGGCUCAAAGAAACUUCCGGAAGCAGAAGCUAAAGUCGGAGAUGAAGGUUCCGUGGAAGUGACUGACGGGAAGAUGGAGGUUGACAGCUGUGAAGGUGAUGGGAUCGGGAUGGGGAAUGUGACGAUGAGGUCCGAGCAGAGCACGAUGGAGGAGGAGAGCAGCGGCUGGAGCAGUGGGCAAGAGGAGAGCAGCGAAGUGGACAUGGGCCCCGACAUCACGGACAUCAAGACGGACGCCACCAACUCGUCCUCUGAGGACGGCCACGUGGGGAAGCAUGUGCUCGCGUGGAACUUCCAGGCCCCAAAAUGUCUGCCCGAGGACCAGCUAAGCUGCACGGGCAGCUUGAGCGGAAUGGCUAAUUUGACUGCGAGCGAAUGCGACGGCACAGAAAGUAGUUCAGAUUAUUACGUGACAGGUGAGGCGCACAGCACGUCAGAGGACAUGGCGAACGGCGCGGAAUGUAAAACCGAAGAUCCACUGACGGGAGUAAUGGUGGAGCCCAUGUCAGCGGAAACCAGGCAAACAGGAACAGCAAGUGAAUCCAGACAUGAACCAGUCAACACAGAGAUCGAUGCAGAUGAACGACGGCAAGAUGGAGCUUCCCAGGAGACGCAGAGGGAAAGUUCACCCUGCAAAGGCAGCGCAACGCUGGGGGACAAGAUCAAAGCCGACAGGGCGGAAGAAGAGGAAGAUGCAGAGGAGGAUUCACCUGUAUCAGUCAUCCCUCUGGACCUCGUCUACUACCCACACUACGACGUCCCCAUGGGAGAGGUCAUGGAUGAAGAUGCCCUGGAAGAGCCGGGGGCUGAUCAAAUGGGGUCAGGGUCAGCGGAGGGGGGCUGGAGCCGCGAUCUGAUUGGCUCAGACAGCGAAGAGGAGGAUUAUGGGAGUGCGCGGUUGUCACUUAGCGUGGCGGCUCUGCAGCCGGCUCCGGUGCAGGACAGGCUGCCGGGCCCCGACACAGACAGCAGCGACGGAGAGGACCUCUGUGACAAUUGUGCUAAUCAGAAGGACACAGCAAAUGGAGAUGGAGAGGUACAAAAGAUGGCAUCCGAUAGCCCCUCUGAGCCCCAGGAGCCGUGUGCCUCUGAGCCUGCAGAGGGGUCGUCUGAGGAGUCCGCGUGGGGGGCUGGAGGCAGCCAUCUUGAGGCCGCCGGUGCUGGUGCUGGUGCCGGCGCCGGCGGGUCAGGCUCGCUCAUUAAGGGUGAUGGAGAGUGGACCGGCGCCAGAGUAAACAGCAGCGCGGCCGUGAGGGACAGUGCCUUGGGAGACUCGAGUGAGUUCUCGUUCGCAGAUCUCAGGGCCUCCACUGAGACGACGGUGUCAUCACAUUUAGAGAAUGGGAAUAAGAGGAGCAGUGAACCGAAUGCACCUGAGGGAGUCGACAGCAGUCUCCACAGGGGCGAGAGCGUAUCUACUAAGUCAUCAGAAGCGUGUCCUCCAGUAGAGCUGUCUCUAGAGGAGGUCCUGCUGCUGCUGCUGCUGUGGCUGCUGGUCUACUGCCUCUUCGUGCUGCCUCAGAUGGACCUCUGGAGCCUGCCUCAGUUGCUCUUCAAUCUCGACUGACUACCAAGCAGACAUACGAGUUACACUAGUCAACACUGAUGGGUGACUGGGUGGGAUACUGGCACGUGGAUGCUAGUCAACAUUUGUGGUUGACUUUGAUACAUGGUCAGCAGGGUUCUAAAUUAACACCAGCCAAAUGGCAAAAUGCUAGUGAAAAAUCAGUUUGGCUGGUAGAAAAGAUCAACUUGCUAGGCACUUUGACCCAUUACGGAGUGUGUGUGUUUGGCAAGUAAGAUAAAGGUCUACUAGCCAUUUUGGCUAGUGAUGAAUAAAGUUAAUUUUUAGCCCCGAUGGUCAGUUACGCUGGUCAGUAUUGAUGAAUGACUUUGAUAGAGUCUCACUUCCACGACAACGUCAACACUGAUUGGUGAUUGGGGUACGUGCUCACUUAGACGAGUCAAGAUUGAUGGUUGACUGUUAUACAGGCCUGGGGUCAACAAUUUCAAUGGGUGAUUGUGAUACUGGCUCACUAAACAUUGAUGGUUGGCUGUCAUGUCAUGUCAUGUGUUUGUGCAUCACUAGUCAACAUAACAAGUGCUGUGAUACAGGCUUAGUCAACAUCAAGGAGUGGCUGUGAUAACUACAGGCAUAUUGACACUAUCAAAUGAUGUUGACAAACGAAUAUGAUUCUGGCUUAUCUGUGAUAGUCAGAACAGCAUUGAGUGAAGCAGAGUCAUUUGACUGCUUUGCAAAUAUACCAUAGCUGGAGUAAAUGAAACGUCUUGUUUUUUUCUGUCUUUACUUCAAGAUAAAUACUUUCUUUCUUUUUUUGGAAGCCCUACAUUGAUGUAUUUACAUAUGAAGUUUGUUUUCAAUGACAAUGCCAGUGCAACUGCAAUGAUGGUUUAUUUCUGUUUGGAAUAUGUGCUUAUGUUGAAAUGAAGUAUGUUUGAUUUGCGGAAGAUAUUUUGUAAAUAAUCUGACAUAAAACAGAAAACUAUUGAUGAAGACAUGUCUACCCUUGACAAGAAGUUUUAUAUAAUUAGCAUGCAGUAUUCAGUGGUCCAAGAUUUGAGUUUUUACAGAUUUGUUUUUUGAAUAUAUAUCAUGUAAUGGAUAACUAACCUCCUGAAGGCAAUUACACAAACUCAUCAUGGUCUUAUAUCUGAGUGAUGAAUUGUGAAUUUUAUGUGAUCAUGACACUUGCUACUUUUACAUGACGUUUUUAAUUCCGAAUUAAUAAUUCAGAAUUAAAUAGUUCCAUCGAUUUUACUUUGAUCUUUCAUUUAAUUCCGAAGUGCUAACAUGACAUUCAACACGGAAUUAAGCUUUAUUCAGAAUUAAAGUGAGUUAAUUCGAACUUAAAUUCUUCAUGUAAACGUACAAUGAGUACGGAUAGAGGAAAUUGCACUUUUUAAAAUCACAAAAACACAAAACUGCCAAAGAUGAAGAUUUAAGAGAGUUAAAAAAAUUAUAUCAGAAAUACGUAUAUCCAAUCCACUUAAAAGGUGAAUGAUGUAAGUAAAUGACUGCACUGUAGUGUUUUGCCAUAUACUUGCAGAGUUUAAUAUCAGAAAUGCUAGCCAUAUUUUUUCUCAUAGUCGAGGAUUAAAAUAAUGUUUUUAAAAGAGUACCAUUAGUGUUGGUUUUAUAAGAUACCAUAUAUCUUAAUUGCAUACGGCUAUGUGAUGGAUAUGCCUCAGAAAGUGCAUUGGAAAGCCUAUGGGUAGAGAGAGAGAACGAGAGAGAGAGAGAGAGAGAGAGAGAGAGAGAGAGAGAGAGAGAGAGAGAGAGAGAGAGAGAGAGAGAUUUCUGUAGAAAGGCAAGGGAAAUGGAUAUUGCAAGAUCCCAAGUUCAUUUUAAGUUCACCAUCACUUGCUUUUCUUAGUACCAGUUCAGAUGUGAUAAAACAUAUCGUCCACACUUACAAAAGGAGAUAUUUACACAGAGAAGCACAGAAGGUGAUGGGUACAUUUUCAGAUCGGCUAUGGUAUGGGGAAUAAUGUUAAUGGACACCACUGUUUUAAUAAAUUACAUUACAAAACUGUCUAUAUUUGUGAUUAUACUGACCGUGUGUGUGUGUGUGUGUGUGUGUGUGUGUGUGUGUGUGUGUGUGUGUGUGUGUGUGUUUGAUGGGGAGAUGUGACCAUUUGAAUGGAGUGCUUGAGAAAGAUUCAAGAGCCUAAAACUGCAUUUUGAUUUUGUAUGAGACCCGAUGAAAAUGUAUGGAAGCACCUGUCAAGUGCAAUAAACGAAAUGCUUUGC